GCCACACCACGUGACAUGAGGUAAUAAUACUUAUCAAAAAUGACGAACCGGUUUCCUUCCAAGGUUUCUCUCUUCGCAGUCCUACAUUUCUUUCAUAUUUUGACUUCUUCCGACCAUGGAACCUCCGAGAUCUUCUCGUGGUGUUGCUGGUCUUCUCAAUCGCAAUCAACAAGGCUCUCGUCUACCUCCGAUGCCUCCAUCUUUACAGGCAAAACUUACCAAUAUGGCGAGAAGGAAUAACAACGAUGUUGAUGACACUGCUGCUUUACUUCAGCAGGCUUCAUUAGCUUCGCCAUCUUCCCAUAAUCUUCCCCCAAAUUUUCGUACCGCUGCUUCUUAUCCUCCUCCCAACCUCCCAAAAUCUGCCACACCUGCUGCAGGCGGCAUAGCGGCUCGACGUCGUUCGAAACCUAACUUUUCUCUCAAGGAUAUCAAUGGUAAUCUUGGUGGUGGAGCCUCAGCAGCAGGUUUAGGUCAAGGAAGACCUUCUUUUGCUGCUAAUGACUCCAGACGAGGUCCUCUCGCUCAUGCUCCGCCCGGCAGUCUCUUUUCAUCCUUUGCAAACGUCAUAGAUCCCAACGGGCGACUCAACUUCAAAGGAAAAGCUGUUCUCCACGCAAAUGGCGUCAACUUUGCCAACGGUGUUUCGUUUCAGCUUAACAUGGAAGAUUUAGAAAGAGGAGAGGAACUUGGAAGAGGCAAUUACGGUACCGUGACGAAGGUCCUGCAUACACCAACUGGUGUCACGAUGGCUCUCAAGGAAAUCCGUCUCGAACUCGACAAUGCAAAGUUGAACGCUAUCAUCAUGGAACUCGACAUAUUACAUAGGGCGGCGUCGUCGUCUCACAUCGUAGACUUCUAUGGUGCCUUCUUUGUGGAGACCUGUGUCUAUUAUUGCAUGGAGUACAUGGAUCGUGGAAGCCUUGACACAGUAGUCAACUUUAGCUUUGGAGAAACCGUCCCGGCUCUACAUCCGGGCCCGGACGGUGAGGAGGAAGUGAUUUGGCAGGGUGUACCGGAGGAUGUCCUAGCCAGGAUUGCAGGUAGUACAGUCAAAGGAUUGAAAUUUUUGAAAGACGAAUUGGGCGUUAUUCAUCGAGACGUCAAACCAACUAAUGUGCUUAUCAAUAAUCGCGGUCAGAUCAAACUAUGUGAUUUUGGAGUAUCUGGUCAACUGGAGAAGAGUAUUGCCAAAACUAACAUCGGGUGCCAAACAUACAUGGCUCCCGAAAGAAUCUCCGGAGAGCACCAGAACACCGUGGGGACUUACACUGUUUCAUCGGAUGUAUGGUCUUUAGGCUUGUCAAUAAUCGAAAUCGCCAUAGGCAGGUAUCCGUACCCUCCAGAAGCGUACUCGAACAUUUUAGCGCAGUUGAAAACGAUUAUCCAAGAUGACGCACCAACCUUGCCCUCGGAUCGCUACUCUCCUGAAGCAUGUGACUGGGUUGCUAGCUGUCUAGUCAAAGUUCCUGACGGACGUGCUACCUACGCAGAGCUUCUAGAGCAUGACUUCAUUCAACGAGACGAAGCUAAAGCCAACGCAGAAAAUGGUGAUGCGGUAGAUAUGGCGGGGUGGCUGAGCAAAGCGCUCCAAUUCAGAGAAGCCAAGAUAGCUCAUGUCCAGGCUUUGGCUGCUGCUGCGUUAGCUCCGUCUGCGCCUCCUGGACAUCCUGUCUUGAGCGCACCAGCAACGACAAGAAUAAGACUCGAUUGAUCGCUAUCAACGUAUCUGCCCUUCUAUGUGUUAUCAUCUGCCAUCUAGCGCUGAAACAGAGCCAAGUAAUGCUUUGUCGUUUUUGAACCGGAGCGCAGUCACGACCACAACUUUGAACUAAAUAAAAUGACGUGCCGGCGAUGCAUACCCGCGAUUUCAUGGCGACAUUCGUCAAACU